UCUACAGACUAAAACCCGUCUUCUUUAUUUCUCCCUUUUAAACCCAAAAUAACAAAAUCAAAUUAUUUUCAUUCCAAAAUAUGAAGAGUUUUGUUACCGAAUCACACACCUGUUGACCUCAAUAGCGUUCUUCAAGUCCCACGAUUCUGUAAUUUCUUGAAAUUUGCUGCAUUGGAACGAUGUUCUUCGGUGUUGGCAUGCCCGGGGUUUGAUCUGUUUUUGUUUUUUUCUCAGUAAUUUUUGUGCGUUUUUCUUGUUUUUAAGUGCUUUUUUUUUUUUUUUUUUUUUUUUUUUUUUUUUUUUUUUUUUUAUAUUUGGGUUUGGAUCAUUUUGCUUUCUGGGGUUUCGGGAGUGGAAGUUGUUUUGUUUAUGGGUUUUGUGUGGUGGGAAUUUUGGUUAGGUUCAGGGGGUUCUGUUUGAGUAUUUUGGAAAUUUGGGUGUUCUUGUGGGUAUGGAGGAGGAACUGAGUGCUGAGAAAUUGUUGAGGAAUGAUCGAGUUUUGGAUGGGGAGGGUGAUGAAGCGUUGGGGAAUCUUCAUGUAGAUUGUGAGGAAAAUCUGCAUUCGGUUUCAAUUAGUUGUGAUUCUGGGAGAGAGUCGUUGGAGUUGGAAAUCCAGAAGGGAUAUGAGGCGAGAGUUGAGGAAGUUAUGGUGGAUGCCCUUAAGAGUAGUGAGGAAAAUGCUGAAGUGGAAACCAUGGUUAGGAAAAGGAGGAAGGUGGAUGAUGGCCACAUUGAAGGUGGAAGUAAAAAGGUAGUGGAGAAAAUGAAGAGAAAAAUUAUGGCCAAUAAACUACAGGGUAGUGAUCGAAUUUUGCGGUCGAGUUUUGUAGUGAAGAUAGAGUGCAAUAAUGUCGUCGAUAGUGAAGAGAAUAAUAGUAAUAUGGUGGUGCAGAAUUGUAGGAGCACUAGGUAUGGCCAGAAAUUAGUGAAUUUGGAGAAGGAAAGUGAAGAACGAUUGGUCUCCGGGGAUCAGAAGGUAAAAAGAAAGCGUGGGAGACCACGAAAGGUGGAAAAGGAAGCUGAGGAAGUAGUUGUCAGUCCUGUGAAGAAGUUGAAACGUAAGCCUGGAAGACCACCCAAGUUGGAGAGUGAAAAAAACCAUCAAUUUGUUUAUGAGAUGAGGAAUAAGAAGUUGAAAAAGAAGCGUGGAAGGCCACCCAAGAUUAAAAAGGAAAAUGACAAUUCAUUGGUUGGUGAAUUGAAUACCUUAAAACCCAAGCGUGGAAGAGGAAGACCUCCAAAGUUGCAAAAAAGCAAUGGAGCUUUUAAGGAUGAGCACCCAGUGGGAAGAAAGGUUAGGCUGGCGAGAAAAUUAACUAUGAAGUUGAGAAACAGGGUGAGGAGUAAUGUGCCAACUGAUCGGUUAUCAUCAGAUAAGAGGCAUAUUAGGAAAGAUAUACACAUGAAAAAAACUUUGCCGGCUGGAAAUGUUUUAUCUCAGGAAAUUUUGGAACCAGAAGCAGCACCGACAGUGAGUUCAAAGGCAAUUAAUUGCGGUGACAAGACGAAGGAAGUGAAGAAAGUAAAAAAGCCCAAGAUCAAAGUAGAUGGAUGCAAGAGAUCAGUAGCAAAGAAUUUAUUGAGAGAGAGGAUUACUGAAAUAUUAAAAACUGCUGGUUGGACAAUUCAGCAUAGGCCCAGAUUUAAUCGGGAGUACAAGGAUGCAGUUUAUGUAAGUCCAGAGGGGCGAACUCAUUGGUCAAUCACCCUGGCUUAUAAUGUGCUUAAAAGACACUAUGAAGAAGGUGAUGGCGAUUCCAAAGUUUAUAAGUCUGGUUUUAUAUUUACUCCAAUACCGGAUGAAGAAAUCAUGACACUAACAAGGGUUACAAGAGCAAGGAAGGACAGAGAAUUGAAGAAACAAAGGAGAAAUGAAAAAUUUAAAAUGAGAGGGAUUGUUGAAAAGACAAAGUGUAAAGAGAAAGCAAGUUCUCCAAGAACAGUUUCCAAGUCGACUAAGAGGAAGAGGAAAAAAGAUGUGUCGUACGACCUUGAUAAUUCCGACCAUAACCUAGAAAAGGGAUUUCCUAGUUCAUUUCAGAUACAAAAUAGAAAGCGGUGUGCUUUAUUGGUUCGAAAUACAGAGGAAACUGCCAAUUCUUCCAAUGAUGGGUAUUUGCUAUAUAAUGGGAAGCGGACACUACUUGCUUGGAUGAUAGAUUUGGGGAUUUUGUCACUUGAUGAGAAGGUACAGUACAUGAACCAAAGAAAGACACGGGUGAAGCUUGAGGGUAGACUUACAAGAGAUGGAAUUCAUUGCAACUGCUGUGAUGAAGUUAUUACAAUUUCAAAAUUUGAAAUGCAUGCAGGAAUCAGCGUUGGUCAGCCACUUGAAAAUAUAUAUGUACAUACUGGUUCUUCCCUCCUCCAAUGCCUGUUGGAAUCAUGGAAUAAACAAAAUGAACCACAAUGUAAAGGGUACAAUUUUGUAGAUGUUGAUGUUGAAGAUCCUAAUGAUGAUACUUGUGGAAUUUGUGGAGAUGGCGGAGACUUGAUUUGUUGUGAUAGUUGCCCAUCUACAUUUCAUCAAAGUUGCUUGGAUAUUAAGAAGUUUCCUUCUGGUCCCUGGCACUGUUUGUAUUGUUCAUGCAAAUCAUGUGGACAAGUCAUGGCAGGGUUACAUCCAAGGGAUGAUCAUCAUGAGGCAGCUGCAUAUGAGUUGUGGAAAUGCCAUCUCUGUGAGGAAAAAUAUCAUCCCAUAUGUCUUCAGACAAAUAAUGCUUCUGGUGAUGACGUGAAUAACCCAUCAUUCUGCGGGAAGAAUUGUCAAUUGUUACAUGAAAGGCUACAAAUGCUUCUUGGGGUUAAGCAGUAUAUGGAAGAAGGAUAUUCAUGGACUCUUCUUCGUAGAAGUGAUGUUGGCUCAGAUGUUAGUUUCUGCAGUGAAGUAGUUCAGAAGAUUAAAUGUAAUUCCGAGCUUGCAGUUGCCUUGUUUGUUAUGGAUGAGUGCUUUUUACCUAUCAUUGACCAUAGAAGUGGCAUUAAUAUGAUUCAUAACAUUGUCUAUAACUGUGGGUCAAAUUUUACUCGUCUAAAUUUCAGUGGCUUUUACACUGCAAUUCUUGAAAAGGAUGACGAGAUUAUAUGUGCUGCAUCCUUAAGGAUCCAUGGAAAUGAAUUAGCGGAGAUGCCAUUCAUUGGAACGCGUUAUAUGUAUAGGCGUCAGGGAAUGUGCCGUCGCUUUCUUAGUGCAAUUGAAUCGGCUUUGUCCUCUCUAAAUGUGGAAAAGUUGGUCAUUCCCGCAAUCUCUGAAGUAAGAGAUACAUGGACUUCUGUCUUCGGUUUCAAGCCCCUUGAAGAGACUAGCAAGCAAAGGAUGAGGAAAAUGAGUCUGUUGGUCUUUCCUGGUGUAGAAAUGCUGCAGAAACGGCUAUUGAAGGAUCUUCCAAUGGAGCGUACAACUCUUGCAGAAGGAUCUAAGUCUUCUCAACUUUCAGAACAACAAACGUUGGAGGUCGUUGCAACCUCUCCUGAAGAGAGACAUUCUCCUGCUCCUUGUUUAAAUUCAUGCAGCGAUGGCACUGCACAUGAUGGAUUGAGGAUUUCUUGUGGACCUGCAGUUGUUGAAUCUGGCGUUAAACCAAAUGAUAAGAUUUCGAAUGAUGAUAUGGAUAAUCCUACUAACAAUGUCAAAGCCUAUAAUGCAGAUGUUAUUGAUAAUAAUUUUGGGGAAAAGAACCAAACAACGUCUCUUGGUUCUACCAUUUCAGACCCUGACGACUGGAAGUCUGAACUAAAUGGACAAUUGGAUGGAAGCUCAGCAAUUGAUCUGAAGUCCAGUCUGGAGCAUCCCAAAGGUACUGCAGGUGUUGAUUGCCAGGAGACUGCAGAGAAUGGUAUUCCUAGAGACAAACUCAAGUCGACUCAGGAUGUAAAUCAGUCAGAGACAAUCAGCUCUAGUAACCUGCAAAAGACUGCUUCAGUACAUGAUGGACAGACGGUCCUCUUUGAUUCCAAAAUUGAGAAUGGUUCCGAUGCCACUUUACAUGUGGAAGAUAAAACUUGUUCUCCCUCUGGAGGUGAUGGGGUUAAUGCACAUGGUGUAUCUGCUAAAGUUUCUUCUAAUUGCCAUACAAUGGAGGACAUCGUGUCGUAGGCAGAUGACCUAGAUUACUGGAAUUUCAGCAUUUCUUGGAAGGACGAUGAUGAGCCGGAAGAAGUGAUGACUGGAGCAUAGUCAAAUCUCCACCUCUGAAGCAGAAUUAGUUCCUUAGAGAAUCCAGAUGAACAGUCUACCAAAUCAAUAGGAGUCUGGUUCACAGAUUAACACAUGCCACACUGUAUAAUAGAUCACUCUUCUACUAAAACUUAGCUUCUGCUUUGGUUUUUCUUUGCGCCAUUGCACAACUGAAGGUAGUUCUGUUGCGGUAACCCUCAGGUAUGAUUUUGUCAAACCAAGUUACUUAUAUAUCCUUUCGGUCUCAAACCGAUGCCUCUUCAUUGGUUACCACUAUCGGAGUGCGUGUUGCAGAACUCUUUUUGUUGGUCAUACUAACCAAUUGUGCCAUUUUUGGGAUGGAUGAUGAUUUAUCCACCGCCCCCGACCCCCCCCCAAAAGAACUUUUUUCUAGAUAUUUUUUUUUCUUGAUUGUGCAUUUUGAGCAAGUGUUUAGGGAAAAAUUUGAUCAUAUGUUCAUGUCAUCUAACCUGGGGGUAGAAGGGUUUGUACAUCCCGUUUUUGUUUCUGGCAUACGGUUCUGGAGAGCACUGUAAGUUUUCUUCUUACGUUACUAAAAUUCCCUUCAAAAGGGAUGUGCAUUUUGAAGCCUCCUUGUUUACUGUAAAUUAAAAGUUCAAUUGGCUUACUAUGGAAAUGUUAUUGCCUUUGUACAUCAUUUUUUUUUC